ACAUCUAAGUUACGUGACAUAUUUAAUUAAAACACCAAGAGUUUUUCUUUAUAAGAAACUAGAUAAGAGCAUGAUUAAUGGGAGAGGGUUCUUAGAUUGGAGUUUUUAGCGGAAUAUAAGAAACCGUCUCUUAACUUUUAACUAAAAAAACUAAGAACCGGUUCUUAAUCAUGCUCUAACGCGCCUGCGCGGCCACAUGUUUACAACAACAACGAUAACGCCUUCUUCUUGCUAAUAUUAACCCUCAUCUAUAAGACUAAACUUAACAUAUACAAACAAAGAAAACACACUAAACAUUACGUAAUAGAUGAUACAUAAUUAGAUAUCAUACCUAUCCAAACUAUUGACCGUUGACCAGUUCUAAUUGAUUCUUAGCUUUUUGCCAUAUUGAGCCAAUACACACAGCACACUUUCACCCAAUUUCUAUUUUUUUUACCUUUUUUGUUUAUUUCGGAAAAUGAUUUUAUUAGUUGUUAUUGUUAUCCAUUCAACUUAUUACUCUAUUAAAAUCCUUAAGCUAAGCAACCAAUCUUCUUCCUCUUUAAAAAGAGAUUUUGAACCCUUUGAAAACCAAAAAACAAGCACCAGUAUCAAUAUCGAUAUCGCAAACCCAAACACGAAGAAAAAAACUUGGUUAUUAUCAAGAAUCAAGAAUCAAGAAUCAAGAAUCAAGAAUCAAGAAACAAGAAACAAGAAACAAGAAACAAGAUGGAGGAAGCAGGGCGUAAAGGAGAUCCGUUUCCGGGUUUUGAGAUGAGUGUUCACAACGACGACUGCGUUUUCCGGCGAUCUCUAAGCUGCCGGCUGCAGCGACGAGCUCCUUGUCCUCUUUUAUUACCACCAAGACCUCCUCCUUCUAAGGAAGCUCCUCCUUCUACGACUGGCGCCUCCACGUCUGCGUUAUGUCAAAACAGCACAGAUCCGAUCCCUCUAUUGUCCCCACUUGUCCCUCCUUCAAUGCUUCAACCUAAUCCAACAGCCAGCUCUCGCUGACUCUUUCUCUUUCCAAUCUCUUAGGCUUUGUUUUAUUUCUUGCAAUGACAGUGUUCUCCAUGUCAACUCAUUAUUACUUUUUUAUAACGUUGAUUUUAUUUGAAUC